AUGGCGAACAAGAAGAAAAGUAAAAAGCAGUCUACUUCAACCACCUCGGGACAUCAUGGUUCCUCAUCAUCUUCGGUGGUUGCUGCUGCUUCGAAUCAAAAUAUUACAAAUGUGAGAAAUAUUUUUACACAACCUGUAAAUUUGGAUUCAUGUUUUUUGUGUGAUGAUCAUAAACCUAAGGGUUUAUCUAAAAAGUCAAAAAGACAAGGUGUGAUACCACACACCCUUCAAGAUUUUUGGUUGGAAGCUCCAAUUAAAAAGAAGCUCCAAUUAUUGCAAAUGGAUUGUAAAUUUGUUCUUGACCAAAUUCGUUGUUCAUCACCUUACACUACAAAAGAAGGUGAUAAACCAGCUUUUUUGAGUAAACCUUCCUCGUGUUUAUGCCCUGCCUGUAGAAAAAAGAAGGCUAUUUUCAAUGCAGUGAUUGCAGUUAAAAACACUACUCCAACCCAACAACAACAACAACCACUCGCAAUCUCCUCUGAUUGUACUACCAAUAAUAGUACAACAACAACUACAACAGCAGAGCAACAACAACCUGUUCCUACUAACAAUACUCAACAGGCUACAACAACACUCAGUGAAAAUGAUCAUGUUCUUGUUAGUAAACAGCUUUCCAAAAUAUCCGAAAAAACACAAUUCUUGAUUGAAGACGAGGCAAAUAACAAUAAUACAAACUCUACAGGUAGUACAACUACAAGUGAAACAAGUCAAACAACUAUAGCUACUAGCGAUUCUACUUCACCACAAAAUGAAGUACCAUUACCUUUUGGAAGGUAUUUGACUGUGAAAAACGGAAAGAUUACGGUAAUUGAUGACUAUGUUAGAAGAGAUAAUUGUGAGCACUUUUUGAAAGUAAUACAAAAGUGUGAAGAAGCUUUUCCAAAUGAUUUAAAGUUAGGACCGAAUGAAUUUCCAGUGCCAGAGAAUAUUCACACUCUCAUAAAUUAUUGUACAGCCAAUAGCGAAGUUAAUAUCAAGAAAAUACUCUUGAAGAAUGCAAAGAAAGCUUUUUCAUCAAAUAAUCAUAAUAACAAUAAUCAUCAUCAUAGCCUUACAUCACCACAAACACAAAACCAGACGAAUCCUACUAACUCAAACGUAAUGACUAGUCAAAUUUUGAAUUUAUUCCAACAACAGCAAGGUGGUGCUACAGCAACAUUAACACUUGGUUCUAAUGGCACAGUUUUGAAUAAUGUAAAUGUACAAAUGGUUACGGAUAAUGCAAAGCAGAGUAGCAAAAUAACAACUCCAACUAAUUCCCAAAAUUCAUCCCUUUCCACUUCCCAUUUGCAAGUACAAGUUCCACCCUCUGUAACAAUAACAGCAACAUCAUCAACUAUUCAAACACAUACCAGUCAAAAAUCAUCCGUUGUGGUUCAUUCAUCAUCUUCUCAAACCUCUUCAACAGCAGCUCUUGUUGUGAGUGGUAGCAUUGAUAUGACAUCAACAGGAUCAGGAUCUUCUCAAAAUAUGAAAGUUGUAAAUGGUUCUAUUGCUAUGGUACAUUUAGGAAAUGUUAAGGAUCUUAUUAGAGGUGGUGAAUCGAAUACAAAUGCCACUGUUGUUCUCAAUAACUUGCAACAUGAAGAAGAUGACGAUGAUGAAGAGGAGGAGGAGGAUGAUGAAGAAGCUAUUGAUGAGGAAAACGAAGAGGAAGAGGAAGAAGAGGAGGACGAUGAAGAAGGUGACGAAGAAGAUCUCGAGAGUGAAACAGAUGACGAGGAAACAUUAGAUGAAUAUUCACAAUCAGAUACAGAUGAGGAAAUUUCUAAUGAUAAGGGUUCUACUAAUCAUUCAGAAAUGCGUUUAAAGAAUAGAUCUUUCGAUCAUGAUGACCAAUAUUAUUCAAAGAGAAGAAUUUCUAGAGAUAAACGACAUGGACAUCAAAAAGAAGGGGAUAAUCAAAAAGAGCAAGACGAAAAGAAUGAAAUUCUAGCAUCUAAUAUGAGAGAAAGCAAGUUAUUAUUCCAAAUUUAUCUUGCCAGAUUGUUUUCACAUAAUAUUAGAGUAGCAUAUAAUGAUUUAUGUGCCUCGGAAAUGCAAAAAUGUCUCCUCGAAGAAUUUGAAAGAGAAUCAGAAAUGAAAGCAACCACAUCCAAGAAUUCUAAGAAUAAUAAGAAAUCAUCUAAAAAGAAUAAGGAUAAGAAGAAGGAAGAAAAGCUUGCAACUCCAGUUAAGAAAUCAAAUUCCAAUCAAAACAAGACUCCAGAAAAGCCUACUGAAUUACCUAAGGCUAAACCUUCCGAAGAUGUUGCUUCACCAAACCAAAGUAUCGGUAGUACAAAUAAUGAUUAUGAUUCUGCUGAUGAAAAUUAUGAACAAGAUUAUCUCAAUACUGAAGAACAAGAAGAGGAUGAUUAUUAUGAUUCAUUGGACUAUGAUUACGAUGAUGAUUUUGAGAAUAGAGGAGCUGUUCAAGAUUGGAAUGUUGUUACUAAAAAGCCAAAACAACCAAAAGCUGUUGCCGGAUCUGUGUCUGGCACAACAACACCAAGAGGAACAACCUAUAGCACCUAUUCUAACAGAGGCAGAGGUGGCUCAUCUGUUAGGGGUGGCAGAGGUGGUCCUCAUACAAUGACAACCCAAUCCCUUAGACCAGCUAGCACUAGUAAUUCUAACACUACUACUGCUACACCAGGUACUCCUUCCAAGGUAACAACUCCAGUAUCAACAAGUAGCACUCCUCAAAAGGUAACCACAAGCAAUAUUACUGGUGGUAACACUCCUCAGAAACUAUCAUCCUAUUAUUCUAUUUCUAACAAUAAUCAACCUUCAAAGAACACGCCUACUAGUAAUGAGAAGCAUCAAGCAAGUCAUCAAUUCCAUAGUCAACACGUAAAGACUGCAACAAGUUCUACAACAAUUAUUUCUUCAAAUGGUAACACUACUGGAACACCUCUCCCAGUUCCAGUUCCUACUUUACAACCAUUACCACAAACUCAACAACAAACUCAACAACCACAACCAGUACAAACUCAACAACAAGGAGGAUUUAUUCUUCUUCCGAGUGCUGUCAACGGAGCUAAUAGUAAGAUUACCAAGCACUCGAGACAACAGAGUAGUAGCAGUGUUAGUAGCAAUAAUACUAGUACAAGUUUGGAGUCACCAAUGCAUCCAUUUGUUAAUCAAACACCAAGUGGUAAUAGCACUGUUUCAAGUGUUGUUGGAGAACUUUUGAAUGAGGAUGAAUAUUUAAUGCUUUCAGGACUUAAGCGUUCUACCACUCCGUCUACCACUGGUGGAGCUAGCACAUCAUCACCAAAUAGUGUUGGAAGUGGUUCAAACGCCUUACCAAAUCCACAACCAUUCCAAAAUCAACAUUCAUUGUUUGGCGGAUCCAAUACUCUAUUUGAUUCGUCAUCAUUUGGAAAUAUUGCCAAGAAUAAUUUAUCACCAUCUAACGGUAAUGGCAAUUCUCCAAGAGCAAAUUCUCUCAUUUACAAUCCUUUUGAUAUGGGCAUGCAAUAUGGCAAUCCAAAUAUGAUGCCACAAUACAACCCAACAAACAAUUUAGGAAUGGGUAAUGGCCUCUAUCCAGGCUUUAAUUUAUUUGGUGGUACCAGUUCAUUCCCAAUGACUAACACCAUUCAACAAGCUCCUCAACAACAAGCUUCAAAUGCAUCUUGGUCCUUAUUCCAAGGUUAUGGAUCUUUCUCAUGGAAUCCAAUUAUGGGAAAUAAUGAUAAUACCAAAUUACAUGUAGUGGAGGAUAAUUCCAACUCUAUUAUUCACUCCUCGAGUGUUGCCACCAAAACAAGUAGUAGGGAAAGUGAUGAAAUAGUUGUCGAAUCCCCUAUUGUAAUUGCAUCCUAUUUGAGUCAAGAUGAUGAGCUAUAUCAACUAGUGGAGAGUAAAGGAGUGUAUCUAAUCAGCAAAUAUUCACUAGAGGCAAAUUCGAAAAGUAUCCUCAAUAUGAUUAUUACUCCCUCAAGUUUUGAGAGUAAAUUCAUCAACAUUUUCCAUUCAAAGUCAACUCAGAGAGUCUACCUUAUUGAAUUGGAUGCGGAAGAGAGGAUAAUAUUAUCUACUAUUUCUUUGAAUUCCAAUAUAAUACUUAAUCAUGGAAGUUUGCUCAUGAAAGAUUUGAGAUCAAUGAAGGAUUUAUCUUGCACAUUCAAAACGAGAAGAAACAAUGUGGAAUGCAUGGUUAGAGAGGAUGAGAAAUUGAAAAUUGUGGAAAUUUCAAUUAAUCAAGAUUCUUUUAAAAUUGAAAAGGAAACUUUCUAUCCUCUUAUUGAUUGCAAUGAAUUCACCUUAUUCAAUGGUCCAAACUCUGAAACAAGAGUAAUCUUAACACACAAGAGAGAAGGAGUUAUGGUGAUUUAUUCAAUAUUACCUGAUUCUUGGGUUGAAAUUGGAAAGACAAGCUCUAUUGAAAUUGUUGAACAUUAUGAUACUCUAGAAGAUUCAUUUCUUUUUGGAAAUGAUCAAAUGAUUAUCAUUCCAAAAUCUGAACAGUUUUCAAUAGUCUCAAAGAAGAAAUCCUUUAACGGACAUGUUAUAAGACGAAUUUCUCCAAAAAUCACCUCGAUAGAAAAUAAGGAAUACAAUCCUGAACUCUCCUCCAUUAAUAUCAAGAUGAAGGGAAAGGAUUUGUUCGGCCACUUGAUUGGAGUUUCAUAUUCCACUAAUUGUGCAACAUUGGUUCAACAUUCUAGGUUUAAUCCUUCUUCAUCAUGCAGUGAGGGAUAUAAAUGUGUUGCUUUCAAUUAUGGAUACAAUCGAAUGGAUUGUUCAAUUGAGGAGGAGAAAAUUGCCUUGAAAUUCAUUUCACCACUGUCAAACAGAAAUGUUCGAUCCAAAUUUUUGAAUCAAUUCCAAUCGAUGAAUGAUGUCUAUUCAAAAAUGAUUCCCUACGAUACUAAAAUUCCACUCACAACAGGUGCUCCUCUCCUUUCCAUUGUGAAUAAUGCUCAAGGAACAUGCUUGAAGGCAGUUUCAACCUUCAACUCUACAACAUCCAAUGAAAGACGUUCCCUACUAAGCAUUGAAGAUAAUAUCAUUAGUGAUGUGGUGGCAUUUGCAGAUUUCAUUCUCGAUGAUUUAUCUAUGGGAAAUAGUUUCGAGUUGUGGCUCAUGUCUACCGAUGGAAAAUACUACCUCCAAGCACAAGUAUCUCAAUUUGGUGUUGGAAAGCCAGUCAGAAUUCAAAUUUAUCCUAAUCUCCCAGGUGAUCUUAUGACUGCUACGAGAAAGUCAGAAUUGGAAACUGACAGAAAAAUCUGCAACGAAAUCAAAACAAACACAAUGUACAGAUUAAUUCUCAGGUUAACCAACCCAACCUUCUCUCAAACUACUGGACAACCAUUGUGGACCUAUCAUGCCUCCAUUGUUGAACCAACCACAGCAGAAUUGGAAGUUUGCUCUCUCGAAGCUGACAGCACCAUGAAGAAAGCAAAUUAUGAAACGAUUCAGGAUACCAAGUUUGCAGUAGGUAUUUCUCAAAGCGCCUACUCUAAACUAUUCUCCUCCUCUUCAUUGACCCUCAAUGUCACUGCUACUGUCAGAGCGGUAGGUUUAAGAUGUCAAUCAGAGGAUUGUAAUCAAAUUUACAUUGUUCCUUCCUUGAAUGACAUUAUUAUCAUUUCAGCAACACUUGGAAGUUCCUUACUUUUUGUCUUGUUAGUUAUUUGUCUAAUGAUUUCAAUCAUUAUUUGUAUCAUUCGACCAUGGCAUAUUGAAUUAACAGAGGAGCAAAAGAAGGAAAUGGAAUUGAGGAGAAAUUUUGAACGACUCCAACAACUCCAGAGAACAAUGAGUUUGGGACAUGCUCAUAGUCCUGUUCGAAGUUUAGCCAGCAGCAAUCGAUUUCAACAACAGCAACAAGCCAUGAUGAUGAUGAACAAUUCAAAUUCCAACAACAACAUUGAAACGAACAGAAGAUGA